AUGGCUUCAGAACAAAUAUCAGACGUCAACCAGGGCGCGAGGCAGAUCCGUGCCUCGGUUCUUCAUGGUGCAAAGGACUUGCGAAUCGAGAACCGCUCACUCCCCCCGCCUUCGCCAACAGAGCUCCAGAUCAGCGUUCGCAGCACCGGUCUUUGCGGUUCCGAUCUCCACUACUACCGGCACUAUCGCAAUGGCGAUAUCAUUGUGCGAGAGCCCAUGUCGCUUGGGCAUGAAUCAGCUGGUGUGGUAGUAGGCGUGGGUUCAGAAGCCUCCGGUUUCAAAAUCGGAGACAAAGUUGCGCUGGAGGUCGGACAGCCAUGCGAGAACUGUGAUAGGUGCAAAGAAGGACGGUAUAACAUUUGCAAAGGCAUGAAGUUCAGGAGUAGUGCAAAGGCCUUUCCUCACGCCCAGGGAACUCUGCAAGAUCGCAUCAACCACCCAGCUGCGUGGUGUCAUAAGUUGCCCGACGACAUGUUGCUAGAUCUGGGAGCCCUCCUUGAGCCCCUUGGCGUAGCUAUCCAAGCAUCGAAACGAGCACAACUAGCACCUGGCUCAACAGUGCUGGUAUUCGGAGCUGGUGCCGUUGGAAUCCUAGUAGCAGCCAUGGCCAAGAUCUCCGGUGCAGGCACAGUAGUAAUAGCAGACAUUGACUCUGGGCGCGUGCAAUUCGCAGUCGACAACAAGUUCGCGCACCGAAACUUUACCGUACCCAUGAAGCGUGGAAGCACCAUAGAAGAGCAGCUCGACAUUGCCAAAGAGGUAGCUGCCGAGAUUGGCAAGAUCACAAAAGAGAGCGGCGGAGAAGUGGGUGAGGUCGAUGCAGUUUUCGAGUGCACUGGUGUACCGUCGUGUGUGCAGGCAUCGAUAUUCGCCACGCGGCCUGGCGGCAAGGUUCUCCUGAUUGGAAUGGGUACACCGAUUCAGACUCUCCCUAUAUCCGCAGCUGCUCUUCGCGAGGUAGAUAUCUUGGGUGUCUUCCGAUACGCCAACACUUACCCCACUGGUAUUGAGGUUGUGUCAAAGAAGGGAGACGACUAUCCCGACUUUGGCAAGUUGGUGACACACAGAUACAAGGGCCUCGAAUCGGCAGAGGAGGCAUUUGAGAUGGCUGGCAAGACCAAAGAUGACAAGGGUAAUCUUGUCAUCAAGGUUGUACUUGAGACUAGUGAUGAUGCAUAG